AGCUGAGCUCUGGGCUCCAUCCUCUCCUAAAGCCCUUUACUUUGCGCAUGUACAGCCGAACUGAACAUUUCAUCGACUCCAAGAUGGCGUUAACACAACUGGCUUGCGUUCUGCUUCUCCUUUCCAUGCAAUGCUACAUCAGCACCUUGGCAGUCAUCCUCAAGACGACGAAUGAAAACCCAUGGGUCAAUGAGUUUGAGUCAAUCGAGCUGUCCUGCAUGAUAGAGUCGAUCACCACUUCUAAUCCCAGAAUAGAAUGGAAGAAGAUUAAGAAUGGAGAGCCCAGUUAUGUAUAUUUUGAAAAGCAAAUAGCAGGUGACCUGGAAAAGAGAGCGAAAAUUCGAGAACCUGCAACCUUAGUCAUUCUCAACGCAACAAGAUCCGACACUGCUAAAUACCGCUGUGAAGUCACCGCCCCCAGUGACGAAAAAUCCUUCGAUGAGGUUUUGAUAUCACUCGUUGUAAGAGUGAAGCCCGUCGUGCCCAGAUGUUCCGUACCCAAGUCCGUCCCGGUGGGCAAACCAGCAGAACUGCAUUGUGUGGAGGGCGAGGGAUACCCGAAGUCCCAGUACCAGUGGUUCCGUAACAAAGAGGAAAUCCCAGAAGACCCCAAGAGCAGCCCAAAGUUCUUCAACUCCACUUACACCCUGAAUGGAGAGAUGGGCACUCUGAAAUUCAGUGCGGUCAGGAAGGAAGAUGCGGCAGAGUACUACUGUAGAGCCAAGAAUGAGGCUGGGUUCUCUGAAUGUGGACCGCAGUUGAUGGAAGUUUAUGAUAUCAACAUUGCUGGAAUUAUCCUGGGUGUAGUGGUUGUGGUGACCGUCCUUCUGUGUAUAACAGUGGGCAUCUUCUGUGCCUAUAAACGAGGCUACUUCACCAGCCAGAAGCAGACGGGAAACAAUUACAAAACUCCAGCAAAAGGAGAUGGAGUGGACUAUGUCAGAACAGAAGAUGAGGGGGAUUUCCGACACAAAUCCUCAUUUGUCAUCUGAGUGGAGGAAGAUGGACGGAUGAUGGAAGAAUUACAUUUAAAGUUAUUGGCACUAUUAUACCUCGCAGACACAAAUCCCCCAAAUGUGGACACCGAUGUCGGAGCUGCCAUGGCACGUGCCUUGCUUUUUGGCACGUCUGCAACGACACAAUUUGUAUUUGCCAAAGGUGACAAAUAAUCAUGUCUGAUCACUGUUUAAAGACACUAGAUAUUUAUUGUUUCUUUAAUUCAACUUUUACAACCCCUUUUUACAGCUGACUAAAAUUUUGCCAGAACCCAAUAUACAGCAAGAAAACGUUUUAACUGUAAUUUUGAAAAACAAAAAAAACCUAAAAAAAAAAUACAUUUGUUUUGUACUUGCUAAAUUUGUCAGACUAUUUUUGAUGGAAUAUAUUUUAAAAUGCCUAUAGUAAAAAUUGUUUUACUUUUUUAAAUAUUUUGUAAAAUACUAAAAUAGAAGCAAGUUUCUUUUUUUUUUUUUGACUAAUUUGAGGGUGAGAGAAACCAUACCCACCCACUUCACAUCUUUGGUUUUAGCAAUUGGACAUGCAAAUAAUGUACCAGACCACUUGACGUUGUGGAUGUUUCAAAUCCUUUCAACGGCAUAUCCAACGACAGCGGCUUCAAUCAAAGGUCUUAUGUGCUUAUAGUAUUCUGCUGGGGUUUCAUGUUAAUAGUGAAAGGACGUUCCAUGUUCAUGUUUGUAGAUAGUCUUAGACAGUGAGUAUCUUUGGAAAAACACCAGCAAAAAAGCUGGAGAAUAUUUUGAAAGACCAGUGCUGCGUAUUCUUGAUUUUAAGUGUCCUUCUAUGCUAGCUGUUUAUUUUGUAUAUAGUGAAAAUACGGUCUAGGUUUUAUUAUUUUUUUAUUAUUGUUUCUUCUUCUUCUCUCUCUGUGAUUUUUUUUUCUUUUCUUUUUUCUUCUUCUUAUGUGAGUGAGUAAUGCUCUCAAUGUUACUUUUUAACAUAACAGGGUUUGUGUGUUGACUAACUGGUUGUAUAUAGAUCCACUGUGAGCUACACUGUGCAUAAGAAGUUUUUGGUUUAACUAAACGUUGAAUGAGGCAAAUAUGACACUCUUUCCAUGAAAAAAUUGGUCAUGGUAGAGAGGGGAUCUGCCUUAUUAAAUACAUUAUUAAAACAAAAAGCCUGGAACCAUGUAAACUUAACUUUUCUUCCAUAGCAAUGAUUAUGGAUAUAUUUGGACUAUUCACACAUAAUUUUGAUUUUGAAGAGUACAAUCAGCUGAAACUGAAUGCUUUUGUCAAUAGAGAAAACCUGCCACAUGCUCAGAAAUAUUCAACCUCUGAAAAGAAUCAUAAAUCAUUCCUCUUAAGUGCCUUCAUGUGUAGACAGUGACAAUAAUGCAGUUUUCAAUCACUACAUGCUGUAGCAGUUAAUUGGAAUAUGCAGAACAAUUUUUUCUAAUUCACUUCUCACAUCACUCUUAAAUCAGGUCAAUAUUUCGAAAAGAUCAGGUGUUUGAGAGGAAUGAUAAUGUUCUGCGCUCACCCACUCUUUUGGUAUAUUUGAUAUCUGGUAAUAUCUCACAUAUCUGAUCUUUUUUAUUUUUUGUAAAUAGACCUGUUGUUGUGAAUUGAUUUUGGGGAAUUCUUUUCUUCUUUCUUUUUAGCUAUUCUAUUAUGUAUUAGUGCCUAAAUGUAGAUUGAAAUAAUGUUUCAGGAGGACAGAGCACUAGUGUUAUUUCAGCGGAUGGAAUCAGUUUUAUAGUUUCACUAGACACAAAUGAUUUAUAAUUGGUUUGAUAUAGAAAGUUAGAAAGCGAGGUACAUUUUGAGUCACAGCCCAAUUCAGUCCUAUAUUCCCUAUAUAUGGAGUAGGCUACUGUGAGGGGAACAGAAAAUAAGGUAUUUUGUGGGUUUGGGGAAAAAAGCAGGGCGAGCUGUACCAAAUACUGACUGCCAAAAGAGCAUUUUCUACAAUUCCAGUAUUAUUCUGCUCUCAGAUCUUUUUUUUUUUUUAAUUUUGAUUGUAACUCUUGAGAAAGAUUUUUUUGGAGGCUGAGCUUUUUUUUUAAGUUUCCAUAGAGUUUGUGGUUGUUUUGGAGACAGCUGGAAUUUUAAAUGAAACAUAUUUCAUUCACUGAAUUCAUGUAAUGUCCCAUUGGCCAUUGGUUUGGGACCGGUACAAAUCCUCUGUGAAUUCUUGAACAGUAUGUUUGUGAUUAAUAAAACUCACUUCUUAAAUUCA